AUGAGCCGUGUUUCUCAACAAAACAUGCGUGAGAACAAGGAAAAACAGGCUCUGGGUGAUCUGAUGAUCAAACCAGUCCAGAGGAUUCCCCGAUACGAGCUGCUGGUGAAGGACAUGCUGAAGCACACCCCAGAGGAUCACCCGGACUAUUCGUACUUACUCGACGCCCAGAGGGACAUCAAGCGAUUGGCUGAGAGGAUCAAUAAGGGCCGUCGCUCCGCUGAGGAGGCAGAGAGGGAGGCCAGGGUCAUCCAGGAGAUCGAGGCGCACAUAGAGGGAGUGGAACAUAUUCUGAACCCUGAGCGGAAGUUCUUGAGACAGGAAAUGGUCAUGGAGGCGAAGACCGUUGGUGGGAAGAAAGACCGAUCUCUCUUCCUCUUCAGUGAUCUGAUCAUCUGCACCACUCUCAAGAGGAAGUCUGGCUCAUUAAGACGCAGCUCAAUGAGCCUAUACUCUGCUGCGAGUGUCAUAGAUACUUCCAGUAAAUACAAGUUCCUGUGGAAGCUUCCUCUGGAGGACGUGGAGGUGGUGAAAAGCUCGACUCAGGCAACAAACAAGGAGAGUAUCCAGAAGAUGAUUAGUCGACUAGACGAGGACGUCAGCACUCUGGGUCAGAUCAGCAAACUCUCAGAGACCCUCGGCUUCCCACACCAGUCCCUGGACGAUGUGAUAAAGGACCUGAUGGGCUCGGUGCACAGGGAGCUGUCAGAGAAGCAGUCUCUGGCCUUCAGCAUGACCUUCCUGCCCACAAAGCUGGAGUUCACCACGGCCUCCGCUGAGAGCACCUUCGUGUUCGAGUUCACCUCACCUGACACUCGGUCCCACUUUGAACAGGCCUUCGAAGACGCCAAGAAGAAGCUAGCAAUGAAUAAGGACCAGUGGAACCCAGAGUUUCUGAAGGCCAUUCCUAUUAUGAAGACACGAAGUGGGAUGCAGUUCUCAUGUGCCUCUCCCAGCCACAGCUGUCCUGACAGUGGCUGCGAAGUGUGGGUGUGCAACAGUGAUGGAUACGUGGGACAGGUGUGUCUGUUGAACAUCAAAGAUGAGCCCACAGUGGAGGCCUGUAUUGCUGUCUGCUCAGCGAGGAUCAUAUGUAUCGCUGCUGUACCAGGACUCAAGGGAAGGGAGCGUGGAUCAGAGCCCACCCUGGCCCCCGGAGCCCCUGGUCCCCCCCAGCAACAGCUCCAUAUCUCCAUCGCUCAUUCAUCUGUGGAGCUGACGGAGCAACCCACAGGUCCCGGAGCUGAGCUUGUUCCUUUCGACAGUGAUGACACUGAUGAUGAGGAUUCACCCAGCCCUUCCUCCACUCUUAAGAGUCAGGCCAGUCACUCCACCAUUUCCUCCAGCUAUUGCAAUGAUGAGGGCCCAGGCUCCAAAGACAUGGCUACAGAGACCACCAGCAGUGAAGAGGAGCAGGAGUUCCCUGUGGCGAGCUCCUUUGGCGCCCCGGGGAUGUUGGGUGAUGGCGCCGGAGGCCGCGGCCACACAGAGAGCUCGAUGGACGGCCGGGCCAUGCGCCGCUCCUCCCGGGGCUCGUUCACCAGGGCGAGCCUGGAGGACCUGCUCAGCAUCGACCCGGAGGCCUACCAGAGCUCAGUGUGGCUGGGCACAGAGGACGGAUGCAUUCACGUGUACCAGUCCUCAGACAACAUCCGUAACCGUAAGAACAGCAUGAAGAUGCAACACUCAGCCUCCAUCCUCUGUAUACUGUAUUUUGACAACAAAGUGUUUGUGUCCUUGGCCAAUGGAGAGGUGAUAGUCUAUCAGAGAGAAGCCGGUAGUUUCUGGGACUCUCAGUCUUCUCAGACGUUAGUUCUGGGCACGCCCACAAGCCCCGUCACCAAAAUGGUUCCUGUGGGAGGAAGGCUUUGGUGUGGCUCACAGAACAGAAUCCUUAUUUUAAACACAACUACACUGGUACAAGAGCACUGGUUCCAGGUAGGCACAGACAGCAGUCGGUGUGUGACCUGCAUGGUGGCGUACGGUCAGGGUGUUUGGUUGGCGUUGCAGGGCAGUGCCCUGGUCAAACUGUACCACGCUCAGACGCUGGAGAGCCUGACAGAGGUGGAUGUGGCGCCUGCUGUGCAUAAGAUGCUUGCAGGUGCCGAUGCAAUCAUAAGACAGCACAAAGCUGCCUGUCUGAGAAUCACAGCAUUGCUGGCAUGUAAAGAUCUGCUGUGGAUUGGCACCAGUGCAGGGGUCGUCCUUACGCUGGGGAUCCCAGCCGUGAGCUCAGGAACGGGGGCUGGGACACUGAAAUCCCCCCAGGUGCCGAUGGGCUCGGCUCAAGGACACACUGGCCACGUUCGGUUCUUGACAUCAAUCGAACUACCAGAAGGGUUUGACAUGAACUUCCCACUUCCUGAAUCCACAGGCAACCAAUCCCAGAGCAGCAGCACAGUUGAUGGAAACCUCCAAAGGCGCGACUCUUCGCGUCGUCGAGCGUCAGCCCACAUCCCUACAAAAACAAACCAUCUAGUAAUUUCUGGCGGUGAUGGCUAUGAGGACUUCAGACUGACGAAUAGCAGUGAAACAGUUGGACGGGAUGACAGUACCAACCAUCUUUUACUUUGGAAGGUCUGAGACAAUAAACCCCGGUUUGAACAACCCGCCCCAAACUCGCUCAAUCUGAGAACUAUAGCACACGCUCCUGUCCUUUUCCCCACCGGGACCCUCACUUUUUGGUGUUGUUGUUUUGGUCUUCUGCUCAGUCCUCCAGUCUCUAUGUGCACAAUAUGGCUGUCACCUUUCUCCUGGACUUACCAAUGAAUAUGAUCACUUCAAGAAGACUAUGGUAAUGUUUCUGAUGGUGUGCGUUAUUCCUCACUGAGUGAUGUUUGUGCAUGUGAUGACUUCUUUCUGUGAAUAUUGUCUUGAAAAUUGUAUUAAAAAAACUAUUAUUUUAGUGAAGGAGUCAGAAGAAGACAGAGAAGCCGAAAAUGAAACUUGACAGAAGAGGAUUUGGACUGUGUAGAAUGUCACUGCACAGGAAGUUAUAAGAGGACAUACAAGUGAAGUGUGUACUUGUCCUUAUACAUCACUUCUCUGUUUGUUUUUGGACUCUGACGUCAACCCUUUACUCCAUCAUCACUUGACCCUUGCCUGAACUUCAGACAAAAUGUUUCCUGAGGACCGGAGGUUAAUGUCAUGUACAAAUAUAUGAAUGGAAACUUAGUAAAACAUAACAUCACAGACUGUAGUUUCAUGGAUACUCUGAAUUGUGUUUUUUUUUCUGCAGCUAAAGCUCAUGCUUGCGAGAGAGGUUCUGUUUCAGUCUGUGAGCUUUAAAGGAAUGAAGUUCAGGUAGUAGAAUAGAGAUAAAGAUUUCUGGUCAUAGAAGGGUUGUAAUACUAUCUACAUCAUGAUCAUUGCUUUAAGAUAUAAGACUGCUACAAACCUCUUUUCUCCUGCAGAGAAAGAUUGACUAAAAAGUGCAAUAUGUGGAAAGAGCGUUUCGCAAGACUUAUACACACGCACAUUAAUGCACAGCCUUCACUCACUGAAUUGGAAGAUAUUUGUGAAAAAACAAAUGUGUGUUUUCCACAGAUAAUCAGAUGGUAUCAGAUUUUCAUAUUUCAUUUUUGUUGUCAGUUUAAAGAAACUUAAACAUGGAUGAUGCCUGCUACUGGAGUUGAGUAGGAAAGGUGCAUAGGAGACUUUCCUCCUUAACAUGACUAUGCCAAAGCCUUGUAUGUGUUACAGUUUUGACAUUAAGGGAUCUUAAGAGAUUUAUUUUGCAGUGAAAUCUAAGUUUGUUGAGCAGAAAUCAGGAGCUGAUGUUACUGACUUCUAUGACGCUGGGCUGUGGUAGCAGAUAACGAUAGUAAUGUACAGUAUUUAUGGUUUUGAUUUUAGCGCAUUCUUUUACAGCACUUAAUUUAUAGAAGAUGUAGCUUUCACCUUUUGUGUUUGAGUUAAAGAACAAAAAAGCCUUGGUUUGAUGAGCAGACUAGACAGAUGGGAAUAGUUGGUUUGGGCAGACAGACAUACACAGCAAGGGUGUGACAGUCCACUCAUUGUCCGGUACGAUACGCAAUACAGGGUUGUUUUUUAGGAGUUGUAUGACUCCGAAGAAAACAGAAAUGUAAAGAAACAAUCUAAAAAGGAACGAGUAUUGUCAUUGUCAUUGCAAAGCAUUGUCUUUGAACACAGCUCAAUACUUAUUUUGAAGAAAAAGAGAACAAGUCCCCCUCAUGCCUGUUUGGAAGCCAAUACAAUUAUUUGCCUAAUAUUCAACCUUUUUAAGAUCCAUUGUGACAUUUUAGUCACAGUUAAUACAACUAUAAGAUGUAUUUUUUAUGCUCCUAAUGCAGAAACAUUGAUCUUUGGAGAACAACAUGCGUGUGGUUUGUUUUUUGGGACAAUAGAGUGCCAACGAUACAGAGUAGGUCGAAGGACAAAGGUUGAGCCACCUACAAGUGCCUUCAGAAGGCUAAAGGUUAAUCCAAUAAACACACACACACACACACACACACACACACACACACACACACACACACACAGUGAAAAGUCAGCUUUCCCUCACACUACUUAAAGCAGAUGCUUGGGGAAGUGAAGGGUGACUGAAUUGUCCUUCUAGACAACACACACUGAGUUAACCUCAGGCUUUGAGUCUUAAGUGGUAUCCUAAAAAACCUCAUUACACUUUGCCAGCCAUCUGGGCAUUUCUCCUUAGCCAUCCCAAAUGCAUUCAAAUUGGGUUAACUAUCCUACUGUGAGAGCAGCUAACAGUGAAGAGGGUUGGUUUGUUAUUGUACAAAGAGCUAACUAGCCAGCUCUUUGCCUCUCUACAGCCAGGACUCGGAGUUAGCUUAAUUUAGCAUAAAAACUCACAAUCAAAAUGGAAUGUGAAUCGGCUAGCUUCGUUAUUAUGGAGAGUUUAAACAAAAAAGGAAUAUGCCUAAAUGCUCACAGAUCACAUAAUAUCUUCUUUACCUAUUUCAUAAAGGUUCAGGUUAGAGUUUCAGGUGGGUGAAUCUUUUAUGCUAGCUUGCAAGCUGUUUCCAUCUGUGCUAAGCUAAGCUAGCCCAUAGCUGGCUGUAGUUGCACAUUAAUGAAGCCAACUUGAGAGUGGUAUUUAUCUUCUCAUCUAACUCUAAGCGAAAAGUGAAUAAGAUAAUUCCCUACGUUAAAAAAAGUAUUCCUCUAAUAUCCUCUAACGUAGCAAGAUGUAGGCCUAUGUUGUUUUUGUGAGUUAUUUCUAAUUGACAACAUCUAUUUUUGAGUCUCCAGAGCCAAGAGCUGCAAAGUGACCCAUUAAAAUGCUGUUUAUCUGUACUGGCUGUAGGGAAAUGGAGACCUCCCUGAGAAAUGGAGUUAGUUCUUUAUUUUCUGUGAAGAAACAUUGAUAUGCUUUCCCUGCUGAUACCAGCGCUUUUCGAGCAGCAUGUUUUUUUUAACUGUGAUCCUACCUAAUAAGUAAUUGCUUAAUGUUCUUGGUGGAAACCUCUACCGUGGUUGAAGUCCAUUACUUUUGAUUCACCUGAUUCAGAAAGAAGAAAUAAUAUUCUUAUUUUCACUAGUUGCAGCCCAUUGUAUUGACUUAAGACUUAAGAUUUUACAGAAGCAUGCAUCCUGGUCUAAUUUGAAAAGGAUUAGUCGAAUUAAGCAUAUUGUGUAAGAAACAGAGGAUUCACACUUAAUUCACAUUCACAUCAAACUCAUCCUAUCAUCACUGUAACUCUCAGCUAAGUAACCUCUAUUCCCCACAUGUUAAAGAAGUCUUUAUUGUUGUAAAUAUCGGUAUAUAUUGCCUUUUUUUCUGUAAAUAUUGCACCCACGGUCCUCAAUUGUUGAUAUGAAUCUAAUGGCAUAUUUUUAUAUAUUUGUGUAAGGUUUGUUUGUAUUUUUCCCCCCUCCUCUUUGGCUUGCGUUGUCAGUGAUGUUUAAAUUAUAACUGUCAGAUCUUUCCAAGAGAAGACAAGAUAGCAUCUGAAAAAAAUUGGCAUUGAUGUUUUCACUGGUAGUCAUGUUAUCACCGAAACAUACAGUAUGUCUGCCUUGUUACGAAUAUCUACAGGAAGGAAAUCUACCUGGUCUAAACUCUGUUUAUCUCUGGCUGGGAUGCAUUUGUCAUGGUUACAGUGUAUCAGAGUUACUUACUGUAUGUAGCUGUUAUCGGUCUGUCACUCUGGGUUCCUCUUUGUAAUUAAAUCAGUUCACUCGUG